AGGUUUAGAAAUUUUAACCUUUGACCUGAUUCAAUCCACUUACCGCCAUUUACUUGUGUGAAAGAUAUCCUUGAAUCUGAAGCUAUUUUGAGCCUUCAGCUAGGAUUCACAUUACAACAGGCGCAUCAUAAUCCUACAGUUUGCAGGAUGUCCGUAUUGGAACAGCAGGGAGCAGACUCACUGCACCAAGUGAAGUUGCAGAUGUACUGCAGACUAUGCGGGGAAUACAAAAAGGGAAUGUGCAGCAACAAGUUCCGAUUCCAGGCCGAUCUGCAAAGGUACCUCAGUCUAGAUGUGUGUCCUGAUGCCCCCUCAGUCCACCCAGGCAAAAUCUGUACUGGCUGCAUGGCCUACCUGAAGAGGCUGAAGGUCUACUACAGGAGAACCAGAUCAUUAAAAGAACCAAGGAAGACUGCAGUGUUCAAACCCCACUCCUCACCAUGCAGGAUCUGUGACUCCACACACAGUGAAAGCCCAUGUAAGAGAAGUUGUCCCUCUGAGUUCCCUGCACCAGGGCCACGUACACUCCCAUCUGGAGCACAGUCCGACGAUGAAGUCAAGGCAAAGCAGAUGCGGCGAUCGUCAGCAGAUAACUUUGAAGGAGACAAGUGGCCAACUGUACUGGACUCAGGCCCUGCCUACCAUCCUGAGCCAUCACCACCAUCCACCAGUCGUGGGGAGCCCUCCAAUGCAAGUUUAGUGGUACCUCACACUGACCAAUCUUAUAUCACCAAGUCAACAUCAGCGCCAUCCACCAGUACCUUUAGUGAGCCAGUGCCAUCUUCCAGUGGUGGCAAGCCCUCCAGUGCAACUCAAGCCAUAACACAUGCUGAGUCAGCAUUGCUGACCACUCUUGUAUUGAGUCAGAGCCAGUUAAGUCAACCAGUAGUUUCAUCCAGUGAUGGUGAGCCCUCUAGUACAAGUAAAGCUGUAUCACACCUCGGUGCCUCUCACUUUUCUAAGCCAACGCAGUCAAACAGUCUUGGGAAGUGCCCAAGUGCGGGUGAAGCUCUAUCACCUGCUGACUCGCACAUUAUGCAGUCAACAGUGUCAAACAGUCAAGGCAAGCCAUCCAGCACAACUAAUGCUGUAUCACACGCAGGUACCUCACACCAUCCUGCUCCAAGCUCAACACAGUCAACCAGUCAUGGCGAGCCCUCCAGCACAAGCAAGCCGUCUGAGGCAGAGACAAUAACUAUUAAUAUGAUCAAGUGCAAUAGCACACCGCUCUACAAAUUUGUUAGUAAGACCCAGGCAAAUGUGUUUUUAUGUGCAAAAGGCACCGGUGUUGCCUGCAAUCCUAGACUAACCCCCUGCGGACACCUUUUCUGUUAUGAUUGCAUCCGGGCUUCGCUAGCAAGUGCUAACAGGUGUCCGAAGUGUCAGAGAACAAUCUAUGCAAACCAGCUGAGAGCUUUAGAUGAUUGUUUAGUCACUCUGUAUUAUAAUCUGAAAGUUUCAUGUAUGUAUGGCGAGAAAGGAUGUGUGCAGAAUGUUGUGCUGCGCGACUUAAAAAAACACGAAGAGAAGUGCAGUUUUCGGCGGGACUUAGAGAUAUGUGAAGAAGAGCACAGUUUGCCACAUGACUCAGAGACACACACAGACAAACGCCGGUGUCGUGGAAAGGGGAAAGCAAAAGUGCCACUCUCUAAAUGUUCUAGUCAAUAUGCCAAACGACAGCGACUGCCGUAUAUCAUCUCCUCAGUUGAUAGGUUUUGCUCUGAUCAUCUAGAGGAUAAGAAGGAUGUUUUGUUCUUCAUGCUACUAAACCAUCUUCGGGAGACACAUGAUAAAAGGUCAUCUAAUUUAUAUAAUAUGUGGAUGGCCGGUGAUGUUGAUAUAGAAGAUGAGGCUCCUCCAGUUCCAAGAAACCAGACCUGUGGCAUUUGUCAUGAAGCUGGUCACAACAGGAAAACCUGUCCAAACACGUGAGCACAGAAAGUAACUUUGCGGUUUAGUUUCAAUGAUAUUUGAUGAAAGUCAUGGACAAUGGAUGAUUGUUUGGACAUCAAGGCUGAGACUUAGUCUUCUGUAAGAAAUCAGGUAUCUGGAAUUUGCCAUGAAGCUGGGAACAGCCGAAAAAACUGAACAAAGACUUGAGUAGAGAAAGUACCUUUCUACAUGUUAUACAUUUGUAUUAUUUACUAAGCUUACUUCAUAUUUGAUGUUACAUUCUAUAUAGAUAUAGAUUUAUUGCCAUUGCAAGGAAAGGUGUACCUAGAUAUGACAGACAUUGUAUUUGAAUUCAAUGUUCAAAAUAAGAAGACUUUGCGAGAUAAGUCUGUAAGCAGCAACACCUGUGCUGCAGAGAAACAGAAACCAGUUAGAGUUACCCUAAAGAAGGUAACAGAUUGUCACUGAAACGUUGGUUGAGUAAAACACUUGGUUCUGUACAAAUGA